AUGAAUCCGACCGCCGUCGCCGUUGAAGCCCCUCCGGUCAUUAUGGCUCCGGACGUAUCGCUCCCCGUCAAGAAUGCCGCCAAAGAAACUGCCGAGGGCAUCCUGUACGGCUCGAUUGCCGGCAUUGUUGGGAAAUACAUUGAAUACCCCUUCGACACGGUCAAAGUCCGUCUUCAGAGCCAGCCCGACCACCUGCCCCUCCGCUACAAGGGCCCGCUCGACUGCUUUCGCCAGUCCUUUCACGCCGACGGCUUCCUGGGCCUGUACCGGGGCAUCAGCGCGCCGCUCGUCGGUGCCGCGGCUGAGACCUCGAGCCUGUUCAUAUUCGAGUCGCUCGGCCGCGAAGGGCUGUACGCGACGGGCCUCGCCCGCCGCGACACCCCGCUUUCCCUGCCCGCGCUCUACGCCACCGGCGCCUUUGCCGGUGCUCUCGCUUCGUUUGUCCUCACGCCGAUCGAGCUCGUCAAGUGCAAAAUUCAGGUUCCCGGUGGCGGAGCUUCGAAUGCUGGCCUGAAACCGCUCGCCGUCGUCCGCGACAUUUUUCGCCACGAUGGUCUCCGAGGCUUUUGGCACGGCCAGAUGGGCACGCUGAUCCGUGAGUCGGGUGGCUCUGCGGCCUGGUUCGGCGCCAAGGAGACGGUCACGGCCAUGUUUUACACCAUGGCGAUGAAAAAGGCGGCCUCGGCGGCGGAGCAGGAGCGCAUACGCGCGACACCACUGCCGCUGUGGCAGCAGGCCGUUGCCGGCGCCUCGGCCGGUGUGUCGUACAACUUUCUCUUCUUUCCUGCCGACACCAUCAAGUCACGCAUGCAGACCUCGCCGUUGGGAAUUCCAGGCGAGAAACCUUCGUUUUGGGCGGAGGGGUCGGCCAUCUGGCGCCAGUCGGGCUUGCGCGGCCUCUAUCGUGGCUGCGGUAUUACUUGUCUGCGGUCGGCGCCCAGCUCCGCCUUUAUCUUCAUGGUCUUUGAUGGACUGAAAAGAAAUUUUCCUUUGUAA